AUGAUUAAAUCGAGGAUCAAGCCGCAACAAAAGGCGUUUGAAAUGGACUUUCCUCUCGAUACAGAGAGCCCGAACGUUGACAGGAUCAAAGCGGGCGGACCUGGUUGCUCAUGCGGAGGAGGUUUGAAAGUCCCGGCCAAGGCAGCGGUCGCGAAGGCGGUUACAAAUCAGCACGCCAUUGGUGUCGUCCACAACGGAAUGCUGUACAUCAACCCUGUGCAGGCCGUAUUCCAGAUGCGCCCCAGCCUCAGCUACCUUGAUGAGAAGGACAAACGCGAGGCGGCACAGAAAGCGGCCGACCAAGCAGAGGUGUCGUCGGCUCGGGCGAAGAAACCGGACGAACCGCCAACAAAACUCAGGAUGCAAGUGAAGCGGCGUGAGACCACGCGGGCAACGGCUGCACGCGAGCGGUCGUAUGCACACCACCAGGCGCUCAUGGAAGAGGAAGAAUGGAUCAAAAUGCCGGUCGUCCAGAAGCACACGCCCCGCGCGAAGCAAGUUGCGCAGAAGCUGGUCAACGCCGGCACCAGCGCAGCGAAACCGCUCAAGCCGCAGCCAGACGAGUACAUCACGCGCCUCACCCCGACCCCAACACAGCCCGUUGUACAGCAACGGUUCAUCACGGACAUUCAGGCGCUGCCGCUGAGAGAGGCGCUCAUUGAGCUGUUCAAGCAAGCGCAAGCGCUGCCGAUGGCGGAUGUGCUUCGAUAUCUGCGUGAUGGUGCGGCGGUGAUGGAGGCACUUCCAGACGUCGCCAUUCUCCUCAGAGGCAACUGGGUUGCACGCAGCACGGUCGUUUUCACUGCCGCCGCCACGACCGACGGCAGUGAUCCGCGCGCACAAACACACGCCGCCCUCGCCAGCGCCCGCGACUAUGUGCUCGUGUGUUUCCGGCGCGGCGCUGUUGUGAAGCGUUCGGAGGUGAUGCAGAAAUUCGCUCUUCGCCGCGAAGACGUCGAGCUCAUCCUCAAGCCCCUCGCCGUGCAUUACAGCGGACACGGCUGGGUGUUUAAGCUGCCCGACUACGAAGCGUUUGUGGACGAGUUCCCUGCGCUGGCGCGAAACCAGGGCGAGGCGUGGAAGCAGCUCGAACACAGGUUGAGGGGCAGCGGUGUUGAUGUGGACGACGCUGGCGGUGACGGGGGACGCGUCAGCCCCAGCAUAUGACCACGGACGCGCGAUGUGUGAUGGAACAUUGUGACAGAGGUGAUAAGUGUCGUGGUGGCGGCGUCCUUGUUCGCUCGCUCGCAUAGUGCGGUGUGUGGCGUGUACCUGAUCGAUGUGAGCCCAUAUGCUGUGGUUUGGGAGGGAAGAGCAGUGUCAUAUUGGGUCAACACAUCUCGUCAACACGCGCUCGCACGCGCAAAACCAGCCACUUGGCAAACAACUUCAUGUCAACAAAGCAGCGGCGAAACACGGCGGGAGCACACACACACACA